AUGGCGCUGCGGCGAUCCACCCGCAAGUCAACCAACAGCGUCGCCAACGAUGUCGCCCCCGCAAGCUCGCCCGUUCCUGCAGCUAAAAUGAAAGAUUCCUCAGCAGUGGAUACUCGCCACCAGCAGAAACGCACUCGCGCUUCUCGCACCUUUGUUCUGAAUUCCUCUGACCAAGAGAGCGAUACGACUGAAGCCAUUGUACCCAAGGCAUCUACACAAACUCGUCGGGUUCUCAAGGCAGUCUCGAUCCCCGCUUCCAAAACUCAGAAGACGCCUGCCACUCGCAGUCGGCUCUCUAGUGUCAACACCCGACAGACAGAACAGAAGAGCUCGACUGGUUCACCUUCGCUAGAUAAUUCAGACUAUGAAACGCCAGGGACGAGCAUAUCAACUACACCAGCUACUUCAGUUAACCGUGGAAAGAUGCCCGCUCGCCGUGGCCGCAACACGGCCACUACACCGUCGCAAAGCAGCGCAUCGAUCUCGAAACGAUCCCGUAACAUGGUACUAGACUCUGAAUCUGAUAGUGUUACACUUGAUAUGGAUGCGGAGAUUGCUCUACAAAUGCAGCUCGAGGACGAAAUGGAUAUGCCGCGAAGCAAGCGUCAGAGGACGGAAGAAGAGGAUGAAGAAGAUGAACAUGAGGACGAAAUUUCAGAGUUAGAUGAGUUGGACUCGCCACCUCCCUACAUCGGCAAAGGAAAAGGCAAGGCUCAAGACGUUCCGAUCAAGCGGGGUCGCUCUGCUCGCUCAAGUGCGAAGAAGGGCAAAUUCACAGAAGAUGACUUCAUUGAUGACGAAGAAUCUGAUGGCGGAGAUUUCCUACCUGAUGAGUAUGAAGAGCAUGAUGAUCUUGAGUCCUUGAUCGCUCUUGAAGAGGCGAUGCUUCCAAGCGACAGCGAUGAGGAGCCACUAAAGAAAACCGCUGCACGCCUGAGAAAGCUUGCUGCAGCGAGGCCAGCUAGGGUGGCUCGAGGCACUAAGAAGCAGUUGACCCACGAUGAAAGGGUUGAAGCACAUGGACGACGGGCUAGGUUUGCGCACAUUGCGGAUAAAUGGGAGCGGAAGCGCGCCAUGAACCGUGAGCGAGCUGAACAGCAGCACCCCAAACUACGGACCAUGUGGGAUGAUUUGAAGAAGAUUCCUGUUCUUGAGGUCCAAAAGGCAGAGCAGCCGCAGUCAAUCAACAGGCGACUGAAGCCAUUCCAACUUGAGGGACUCAGUUGGAUGAUUCGCCAGGAACAGACUCACUACAAGGGUGGCCUGCUCGGAGAUGAGAUGGGCAUGGGCAAGACUAUCCAGGCUGUCUCCCUGAUUAUGUCUGAUUACCCCGCGAAGCAACCUACACUUGUGUGCGUUCCACCCGUUGCUCUUAUGCAGUGGACGAAUGAGAUACGCGAGUACACAGACAACAAGCUCAAAGUUCUUGUGUAUCACGGCACAAACGCCAAGUGCAGAAAGAUGACAGUCAAAGAGUUGAAGUCUUACGAUGUCAUCAUGGUCUCCUACAAUUCUUUGGAAUCGCUGCAUCGCAAGGAGACAAAAGGAUGGUCUCGCGGAGAAGAUAUCAUCAAGGAAGCGUCGCCACUCCACGCCAUCUACUAUCACCGCCUCAUCCUGGAUGAAGCGCACAGCAUCAAGUCACGCAACACAGGUGUAGCUAAGGCUUGCUUUGCGCUGAGGAGCGACUACAAGUGGUGCUUGUCCGGUACACCAGUUCAGAACCGUAUUGGAGAGUUCUUUUCACUCCUUCGCUUCUUGGAGGUUCGUCCCUUCGCAGAUUACUUCUGUCGUUCGUGUGAUUGCGAAAAGCUCCACUGGGCUACAAAUGACGACCAUAUGUGUGUCGCGUGCAACCACGGAGCGUCCGAGCACAUUUCCGUGUUCAACCAGGAGCUGCUUAAUCCCAUCACUGGCGAUGACCCUGAGCUUCGAGAAGAGGCCUUGACCAAGCUUCACCUUAUCACUGCUCGUAUCAUGUUGCGACGCAUGAAGCGCGACCACACCAACUCCAUGGAGCUUCCUAUGAAGGACAUCAUCAUUCACAACGAGUUCUUCAGUGAAGUGGAGCGUGACUUCUCGACCUCAAUCAUGUCAAACUCUUCGCGCAAGUUCGAUACAUAUGUUGCACAGGGUGUUAUGCUCAACAAUUACGCCAAUAUCUUCGGUCUGAUUAUGCAGAUGCGUCAAGUCGCUAACCAUCCUGAUCUGCUGCUUAAGAAGAAGGCAGGUGAAGGCGCUGGUAAUGUCUAUGUCUGUAAUAUCUGCGAUGAACCGGCUGAGGAUGCUGUUCGCUCGCACUGCCGCCACGAGUUCUGUCGUGCUUGUAUUAAGGACUUCAUGGAUACUUGCGAGGCCUCAGGAACCGAGGCUGACUGUCCCCGCUGCCAUAUCGCCUUGUCCAUCGACUUUGAGCAGCCCGAGCUCGAGCAAGAUGUGGACUCUGUCAAGAAGACAUCGAUUAUCAACCGCAUCAAGAUGGAGAACUGGACUUCUUCCACCAAGAUUGAGAUGUUGGUGUACGAUCUGUACAAGCUCCGAAGCAAGAAGCAGACGCUUAAGUCGAUCGUCUUCAGCCAGUUUACUUCCAUGUUGCAACUGAUUGAAUGGCGUCUUCGUCGCGCUGGUUUCAACACGGUCAUGUUGGAUGGUAGCAUGACGCCUGCACAGCGGCAGAAGAGCAUUGACCAUUUCAUGACGAAUCCGGAUGUUGAGGUUUUCCUGGUGUCUCUGAAGGCUGGUGGUGUUGCUCUUAACCUGACGGAGGCUUCUAGGGUGUUCAUUGUCGACCCAUGGUGGAACCCCGCUGCCGAGUGGCAGUCUGCGGAUCGUUGCCAUCGUAUCGGUCAGCGUCGUCCCUGUGUCAUCACACGUCUUUGCAUUGAGGACAGUGUUGAGUCGCGUAUGGUUGCGCUGCAGGAGAAAAAGGCGGCCAUGAUUGCUGGAACGGUCAACAAUGACAAGGUUGCCAUGGAUCGCCUUAGUCCUGAGGAUUUGCAAUUCUUGUUCCGUGGUACCUAA